GGAAAGGGGGCGGGGCCAAGCCGAGCCGCUCUGAGCUGACGCUCGCGAGCCCGCCUGAGUAAGGGGAGAAGUGGCCGUUGGGACUUGGGGAGGGGGAGAGGUUGAGUGUGUGAGAGAGACGCAUCUCUCCCCUUCGGGAGGGUUUUCUCUUCACUAUGAGCUUCCUGAUUGACUCCAGCAUCAUGGUCGUAUCUCAGGUGCUAUUCUUUGGAUUUGGAUGGCUGUUCUUCAUGCGUCGGCUCUUCAAAGAUUAUGAGGUGCGGCAGUAUGUUGUACAGGUUGUCUUCUCUGUCACCUUUGCCUUUUCCUGCACCAUGUUUGAACUUAUCAUUUUUGAGAUACUAGGAGUCCUAAACAGCAGCUCUAGGUAUUUUCACUGGAAGUUGAACCUCUGUGUGAUUUUGCUUGUCCUUGUAUUCAUGGUUCCCUUUUACAUCGGCUACUUUGUUGUGAGCAACAUCCGAUUGUUGCACAGACACAGACUGCUUUUUGCCUGUGUUGUCUGGUUGACAUUCAUGUAUUUCUUCUGGAAACUGGGGGAUCCAUUUCCUAUCCUCAGUCCAAAACAUGGAAUUCUAUCCAUAGAACAACUCAUCAGUCGAGUGGGAGUGAUUGGGGUGACCCUCAUGGCUCUACUUUCGGGGUUUGGUGCAGUCAAUUGCCCAUAUACUUAUAUGUCUUAUUUUCUCAGGAACGUGACAGAUGCAGACAUUCUAGCUCUGGAGCGUCGUCUCCUUCAAACCAUGGACAUGAUCAUCAGCAAGAAGAAAAGGAUAGCGAUGGUUCACAGAAACAUGUUCCAGAGAGGGGAAGUUAACAACAAGCCCACUGGUUUCUGGGGGAUGAUAAAAAGUGUGGCAUCAUCUUCACCAGGCAGCGAAAAUCUGGCAGUUAUCCAGCAGGAGGUAGAUGCUUUGGAGGAGCUGAGUCAGCAGCUUUUCUUGGAAACUGCUGACCUGCAUGCUACCAAGGAGAGGAUAGAAUACUCUAAAACAUUCCAAGGGAAAUACUUUAACUUUCUGGGCUACUUUUUCUCAAUCUACUGCGUCUGGAAAAUUUUUAUGGCAACAAUCAAUAUUGUAUUUGACAGAGUUGGAAAGACGGACCCAGUCACACGAGGAAUUGAGAUAACUGUGAACUAUUUGGGGAUCCAGUUUGAUGUAAAAUUCUGGUCUCAGCAUAUUUCCUUUAUCCUUGUUGGAAUAAUUAUUGUCACCUCUAUCAGGGGUUUAUUGAUUACACUCACAAAGUUUUUCUAUGCUAUCUCAAGCAGCAAGUCUUCUAAUGUCAUUGUUCUGUUAUUGGCACAAAUAAUGGGGAUGUAUUUUGUGUCUUCAGUGCUUCUGAUUCGAAUGAGUAUGCCUCCAGAGUAUCGCACCAUCAUUACGGAAGUUCUAGGAGAAUUACAGUUUAACUUCUACCACCGCUGGUUUGAUGUUAUAUUUCUGGUCAGUGCUCUCUCCAGCAUCCUCUUCCUCUACCUGGCGCAUAAGCAGGCUCCUGAAAAGCACAUGGCACUCUGAAUCCAUCUUGGUUCUUUACUUUGUGAUGGACAAAAGCAAAGUAUUUGGCAUAUUGCCAUCUUUUUUGUGAUGGAUUGGACAAGAACCAAAUAUGUCAGCGUAGGCAAAAGGAGAGGCAAGAAAUCGCCCCAAGAAACAACCCUUGUGCUAUAAGCAUGUCCUUGAGUGGAAAUAAAUCACAAGGAGUGAAAGGGCAGCUCUCUCUAAAGCAGAAUGGGAAGAAACAAUUCUGUGAUGUUUAGUAAGUGUGACUGGCAAGAUGUCUGCUUAAAUGUCUUAAUCUGGAAGUAGUGAUUCUGGAACUGAACAUCUAAAUAAACCAGCUUUUAUAACAAUUCACAAUAUUGUUGUGAUAACCCUACAUACAGACUUUGGAAAUGAGUUACUUCUCCGAAGAUGGAAUGAAGAGUGGUGAAUUAACAAGGGUCUGGAUAUUUCAAAAGCAGCUCUGGGCAGCUUGUGACCAAUCAAACUGAAUGUUGCUUGCCAGGGUUUUGUUCCUACCCUGUCUAGCGCUGGCAUGCCACUGUAUCAUUAGUGGGCUGUGUAGCCCUCGUCAAAGAAGGUAUAUCUCAGCCCCUUUGCUGUUUCAUUGGAUCUUAGCUCAGUCCUUAUCCAUUUCUAUUCCAUAUUGUAAGGAGAAAUGCAGAAAGUUGAUAGCAAAUAUUCCUAUGUAUAUUACAUAUAUGAUGUUUGUUUUCCUUCUUGUGGAUCCCAGUGUAACCUAACAUAUUGCUGAUGAAACCUACCUCUUGAUCCCAGAAUUAUGUGUAUCAGAGAAACCCUCCAUAUGGCUAGGAAGUGAAUACUCAGGGCAAUGAUAAGGCAGCUCAGUGAGACAUGGAUUAAAAAUGGUCACGUUUUAGUUAGGUAGAUUCAAAAGCUCUCUUCUAAUAUGCAUGAACAGACUGAAGAAGGGGCAGAGGAAACGCCUGAAAGAAGCAAUCAAUAAAGGCCUGCAGCUCCACCCUGUUCCCCCCCCCCCAGCAAGAAUGAUCUAUGAACUUUUUCUCUGCCACCCCUUCUGAUGGGGAAACAGUUGCCAGACUUAGUGCUGAUUGAUUCAACUAUUGGGACAGCAGCUUCUGUUUAUGGAAGAGAAUAGGGAGCCCUCCACCAAUCAGACUGUGAUUGAAAACUGAGCAGCAGCGGCUUCUUCUGCCUCCUCCGCACAGCACAUGGCAGAGAGGGCCGUGGGCUGAAGAGAAAGGUGAAAGACCACCUGAUGCAGCAAGGGGGCAGAAUGCAUGGAUGAAGGUUUGGAAUUGUAGAAGAUUUGGGUGAGGGUUGCUAGAGGAGGUCAAGGGAUCUACCAUAUGUGGGAAAUAAAAAAAGGACAGCAAGUAUGAUAAAAAAUGAAAUAAAAACCUUAGCCAUGUA